UGAACUUGUUCCAUGGCUGUAGGGGUUUAAUAAAUGCUUAGUAUUAUAGUAUUUCAGGCAUUCUUGUACCCGUGCAGGCUUGUAUCUUUGUGCGAAUCCACAGUGCCUUAAUCUUUAACUCAAAGCUGAAAACGCCUGUGUAUGGGAAAUGUUUGUUUGGAAAAAGGACUUAGCUGGUGAAGGGCCGCCCUUUCCCCUAGGGCAUGUAACUUUACACUGGGCCAAAGGAAACCAACCCUGUUCCGUUUCUCCUAGACUGGCUUCAUCAUGGUCUCACAGGAGGCAGCCGCAAAACUUCAAGAAGAGCUUUCUUGCUCCAUCUGCUUGGAGACUUUCAGUGACCCGGUGUCAAUUCAUUGCGGACACAACUUUUGCCGAGCCUGCAUCACCAACUACUGGAGUAUCGGGAAGAAUAAAACUUUCUCCUGCCCACGCUGCAGAGAAACCAGCCGUAAAAAAAUUGUGAAGCCAAACUUGGAGCUGAAGAACAUUGUGGAAAUCGCCCCCAUGCUGCAUAUAAAGGUAGCCAAAGACGGAGGGAAGGUGACCUGUAAGAAGCAUCAAGAGCCCCUAAAACUCUUCUGUAAGGAUGAUCAAACUCUUAUCUGCGUGGUGUGCGACAAAUCUAAAGAGCAUCAGAAUCAUGUUGUGCUUCCUCUGGAGGAGGCUGCUCAGGAUUACCAGAAACAAAUCCAAGAACAGUUAAAGUAUAUGAGGCAAGAAAAAGAACAACUCUUGGCAUUUAAGGCAAUUGGCACAGCAAAGAACAAGGAAUCUUGGAUAAAGAUAAAAUCAGAGAUGCAGAAAGCAGAAUCUGUCUUUCAGCAGGCACACGAGUUUCUUAAUGAACAAAAGCAAUUCCUGUUGGCCCAGUGGGAAUCGCUGGAGUCAGCAGCAGAGAAGAGGAACAAAGAACUCACCAGCAAGCUCUCAGAAAACGUUUCCUGCUUGGACAGCCUCAUCACUGAAGCAGAAGGAAGAAGCCAGAGGCCAGCUGCUGAGUUUUUACAAAAUGUGAAGAGCACAUUGACAAGAUGCAAGAAAAGAAAGUUCCAGGAGCUGAUAGAAACAUCUUCGGAACUAGAAGAAAGUAUCGACUCUUUGAUUAGAAAAAAUGUUGUCAUUGAGGAAAUUCUGCAGAAAAUCAAAGAUACUCUGCCAUCUUAUGUGGAAAAAGAUCAGUGGAAAUCUUCAGCAGUUCUUGAAACAAAAAAAGAAGAGGCAAGGAAAAGGAAAAUGGUCAGGCAUAUGACCGUCCCUGUAAGAAAUAUGAAUGUCCAGCAAUUCAAGAAGGUGGCAGCGUGUUCUACUACUUCUUCUGAUGGUGGCUCGGGCAGCAGGAUGUCUUCCCCAGGUCCCUCAAGGUCUGAUAAAAGGCCUCUGAUGGGAGAAGAAUACUUCCUUGUGUCACAACAAGAGGCUCUGUGGAGAAAGGGAGUAAGAACCCUGAACAGCGGCCAAUUGGAGCUAGAGCGAUCAUUGGUCAGAUUCAGCUCUGCCUUGCCAAGGAAGUGGAAAUUCUUGUUCGUCAAUCCCAUUUUCUCAUUACAGCGUGCAGGAAUCUGCUGCCUGAAGACUGAUGUCAUCUCAACCAAUCAGAGCCUGGGCCAAUCUGUGGCAUAUCCAGGCAGAGAAUGGAAAACGAAACUUGACGUCCGGCUCCGGGCAAAGAGAAUCAUGGAUGCAAACAGCCUCUUGGGAAGUCUCAGAAAGGAAGCUUCGUGCUCCAUCUGCCUAGGCUAUUUCCAAGAUUCCGUCUCCAUCCACUGUGGGCACAAUUUCUGCCGAGCCUGCAUCACUCAGUGCUGGGGGGAAGCGGAGAGAAAUGUAUCCUGCCCUCAGUGUGGAGAAAGCAGCCAGCUAAGGAGUUUCACAGACAACCAGCCUCUGGCAAGAAUUGCCGAAAUAGUCAAAUGUUUCCAUCAAGAAGCCGUCGACGUGCUGGAAGGGCGGAGAAUGUGCGAAAGGCACCAGGAACUCCUGAACAUUUUCUGUAAAGAUGAUAAAAUCCCCAUCUGCCUGGUGUGUGAUAUAUCCAAGGAGCAUCGGCAUCACGCCGUGAUCCCUAUGGAAGAGGCUGUUGACGAUUACAAGGAACAAUUUCAAAAGGAACUGAAGACCUUGAAGCAAAGGAGAGGAAAACUCCAGGCAUUAAAAUCAGCCGAAGAAAGAAGAAGCAGAACAUUUCUAGUAAGCCAGUCUGAAAGGUUAGGCAAUGAAGGGGAAAGGGUUGUGUCUGAAUUUGAGCAGCUCCAUCAGUUCCUAGAAGAUCAAGAACAAAUUCUGCUUGCCAAGCUGGAACAACUAGAGAAUGAAGUAAUAAAGGAGAAAAUGACAAUCACUUCCAAAUUGUCAAAGGAGAUUUCAAACCUGAGUGACCUCAUCAGUGAGAUAGAAGAGAAGUGUAAGCAGCCAAUGAAUGAAUUCUUGCAGGAUAUCAAGAACACCUUAAACAGGUGUGAAAAUCAAAUCCAGCAGCCAGUGGAACAUUCUCCUGACCUGGAGAAGAAGUUGGAUGUUUUUUCUGAGGAAAGCAAGCAUCUAGAAAAGAUCAGAAAGAAAUUGAAAGAUGCUCUGUCAUCGGAAUUGGAAAGCACAUCUUUGUUAAAACAUGUCCUGGGAAUCCAGAAAGGCAGGACAAAAUUAUUUGAACUGCCCUAUGCUGAGGUUGUGAAAAAAACAGGCAGAAGAGUGAACGUGACACUGGAUCCAGAUACUGCAAACCCAUUCCUUGUCCUCUCUGCAGACCAGAAGAGUGUACGACUGGGAGAUGAAUGGCAGGAUGUACCUGACAACGCUAAGAGAUUUGAUACUUAUCCCUGUGUGCUGGGCUGUGAGGGAUUCACAUCAGGGAGAUACUACUGGGAAGUUGAAGUGGGAAGUGGGAGGUACUGGGCUGUGGGCUUCGCCAAAGAAUCUGUGAGGAGAAAAGGAGAAAUCAUCCCUAGCCCUGAGGAGCAUAUCUGGGCACUACAACAAUACGGAGAUUACUUUGAGGCUCUUACUUACCCUGUGACCACCCUGUCCCUAAGCAGCUGGCCCCGGAGGGUCCAGGUAUUUCUGGACUAUGAAGAGGAUCGUGUGGCCUUUUUUGAUGCGGAUACAGCAGCUUUGAUCUAUGUUUUUUCACCUGCUACUUUCAGUCAGGAGAGAAUCCUCCCUUGGCUCUGGGUAUGGCCGGGAACUGAGCUGAGACUUUACCACUAAGAUUGUAUCCUGGAACACUGAAUUAAUUACAGUGAACUGGAGACACACAUUUGCACAAAUGACUUUUCUGCCCUUUGCCAGAUUCAGUUUCUGUGACAAUGGAGUCUUAUAGGAAAGAGCAAUCCUAAGCAGGUCUCUUCAUCAGAUCUAUUCAGUGGGGGGCUAAGGCAGGACAUAUAUUAUACUGUGGAACAAUGCUCACAUCCUCUGAAGAUAAACUCAGAAUAUUGUGCCAAAUUAUGCUAAUAUAUUACAUUAUGACAUUAUGCAAAUACAAGGCCAUAGACAUUGUAUGCCAGUUUCUAGUUGUGUACAUUUUGAACAAUAUUUUUUUCAAAAGCCAGAGUUAAGGGCAUGUAUCAUUCAUGUUGAGUUUGACUGUUACAUAGGAAAGACAUUAAAGCGAAGAUUUAUAUACAGUAAAGG